AUGUAAUAAAAUAAAUUUUAGAAAAUCAAUAAUAACAGUUCCUCUAUAGUUGAUGUCCACUUGAUAUCUCAUUACAUUCUGGAUCAAAUCAUAGGCUCUUGCACUAUUUUACUAUAGGAGCAUUUUAUAAUCAACUCAACUCCUAAAUAUACAGAAUUCGCAACAAUUAUGCUUUUGAACAAUCUCAUUAAGCAUUACAUUGAUGUUCCAUUCGAAAUGAAUGUUACUUAGGAUGAAGAACCACUUCCUCCCUUGAAGGAUUCUUAUUCAGGUGUAAUACAAGUAGAUCCAUAAAAAAAAGAUAUAGAAAUUAUUUGUGAAAAAGAACUUACAAGAUCAACUAAAUUUUUAAGAUAAUCAUCUCGAAUGAAAUCAAAUUCAGUCAGUGUUGUUGUAACCAUGAAUAGAUCCACUUAUAAAAAACAAACUUCGAAAAAAUAAAGUAUCGAAGUUGUUAAACUUGAUGAACCGAAUCAAUAAAUUGAUGAAAAGGAACAAUAUUUUAGAUAUCAACAUGAAUUAAAAUGCAAAAUGCUUGAAUAAAUAGCUAGGUAAUUAUAUUAGGAGUAUUUUAAGAAAUGAAAAAAGAUAAGAAGAAGAUAGGGCCAAAUAGAAAAAUCAAUUAGAAUAAUUGAAAAAAAAAUAAAACUAUGCUAAUUGUGGUUACGAUUAUGAUGGAUCAAUUUUACCUUACAAUAAACCCUUCAUGUAAGUGAAGCUCUAUCAUCUGUAAUCUAAAAUUUUAAAGAAAAAAUAAGAUAAAAAGAAAUAGGAUAAUAAGAGUCGUGUUGAAAAUAUUUAUAUUAGGAAUCAAACCAAACUUGAUGUUCAAUAGAUGAGUUAGCUUAAAUUUGAAGAAGAUUUAAGAUAAAGCCAAAUUAAUAGGUUUGAAUCUGGGUUGGUGAGAAAUAUGAAUGGCUUCAGCAAAAUAGAGAAAUUGGACUUAUUAAAAAAUGAUUCCUCAUUAAGAAUGACAAAAAAGUAAUAUGAAGAAACAUCAGAGAUUGUUUAUACAGAAUCUUUUGUAAAUCUCCAUAAAUAGCAUACUAAUAUUGAAGAUUAAAUUCCAGAUACUAAAAGUCCUAUUGCUAAUAAUAUUAAGGCUAAGGUUUCCUCUCAAAGAGAUGGAGAAAUAAAGUAUCAAUAAUAAAACUAUUAAUUUCUCUUGACGGAGCCAGACGAAGAUAGAGAAAUAAAUUUACAAGGUGAUGUUGAAAGAUAAUAAAAAUUGAGAAAUAAAGAAUAAUAUCAUAAGUAAAACACAUAACAAUUAGUCUCUUUUGCGAAUGAAUAAGGGAAACUUCCUGCACUUAAAAAGUCCUAAUAAAAUAAAUUAAAUGAAAAAUUUAAAAGAUCUCAAACUCAGCAUUGCUGA